ACGUGAGUGUGUGAUGGCAUUCUAGAUAAACAUGUCCACAGUGAUUGGGCGUUUGUAGUCAGUGCUGUUGGACAUCGCAUGGCACAGAGUGCUAUUUGUUGAUCAAAGGUACAUUUAAGGGAAAAUAGAUGAAUCUCUUUACAGGUGUUGGACAGUAGUAGUGCACAUGUGUUUUGCACUCGGUCAGAGCAAGUGACGCAGUAUACUGAGCAACUGUGAUUGAAAGAUACGGGGUGUAAACAAACACAGGACUUUGAUCCGGGAGACUGCUGUUCAUGUCCCGUGUUAAACCAAAUGCAAGCAGCGACAUUAUGUUUUUUUACAUAACAUUGUUAUGUUUGUUACGCAACGUUACUUAAGAAAGUCCGCUACGGACGGUUGUUUAUUUAUGGUAGUUACAGUUUUACUCUUGUUAUGUUAUAUUUUAACACAAUCCUUUUUCUAACUUCAACGUAGCAGUUGUGUUGCCUAAACCCAACCAAUCGUUUCAGGUUAACCACGUGGCAUUGUGCAUUUUUGCAGGCGUGAUGUGAGGCUGAUUUGAAGCGUAUUUUUGAAACGCUGUUUUGGUUCAGAAAUGUCGACAAUCAACUUAUCCUGUUGUUUGCAGAAAUGUCCAAUGCCAACAUUUUUUCUGCCGACUGUGUCGUGUGAAAUCUGAUAAAUUGAAAAGAAAAAAGUGAUGAUGUGGAGCAGCUCGUGGCUAGCAGCUAGAGGCUACAUCAGUCGCUACUAGCAUAGCAAAUUUGCGACCAAACUCUCGGCAAGCUAGUUGAAUUGUGGGUAAUGUGUGCAACAAGUUUUGACAAGGAAUAAGAAUACGUGGAAUAAAAAAGACUAUAUCUCUGGCUCUGCUGAAUAGAUUUUGAUACUUUUGUGAAACUGUAAAUCCAACCAAUGCUAAAUCAGUGGAGUUCUCUUUUGAUACAAUUUUGAAGGUUGGUGUGUUGAAGUUAAUCCAAUGAUAUCCAAUAAUGCGUUUUUUUAUUUUGAAAAAUAAGUUUUAUUUCAAUUGAUAAUCAUGCAGAUCUCCAAGAAUACAUGUUUGGGGUGAAUGUUUUGAAUUCCCCUGCCAUAAAUGUUUCAAUUUAUGGCAUUCUCACAGAAGGUGAAGGAAUGACGCUUCAGUUCACAACGUACCUCUUGUUAGCAGAUGAGCAGGCACGUUUGAGUAUUUUGUUUUCGCCUUAGUUGAUUUCAGUUUGAAACAAAAUGAUGCUUCACAUUUUUAUGGAACCAAAAUUAAGUGUGAAUCAAUAGUGAAGAACUGGGUAUGUCAAAGUUCAAUGCGAUGUUAUUUACGUUACAUAUGCCUCAUGGACAUGUGCGGGACAUCUGAAGUUUGAAGAGGGAUUGUUUAUCUCCUUACAAGGAGUGUGUGUGUGUUUUGUUCGACCCCUUGAUUUACAAGAUGAUGCGGAUGACCACAGCUGAGCUCACAUCUGUGCAGACACAAUGGCACUGUUGUGGCAGCCUUCGGCAUCUGCUGGGGAAUUACCGCUGUGUAAACAGAGGCAUGCUAGCUGGCCGGAGUCAUCGUAAAAUUGCCAUUAGCCACCAAAAGGACAUUGCCAUCCUUGACCUCAGGUCUACCAGUUUACAUCACAUGGAAGCACAUACGGACACAUGAGUCUCUGUGGCUUUCGCAUCCAGAUGUGUGAAUUAUCUAAAUGUGUUUGCGUGCAUUUUUCUAAAUGUGUGUGUGCGUGCAUGCUCGGUUGCACCACACCACAGUCCCAGUGGCUCCAUAUCACAUGCCGAGCAGCGUGGGAAUGUGGAGCCCUCUGGACGACAUCAUCCCGUAGUGACUGACCCCGCUACAGGGGUGUGGGAACCAGUCGGAUCCCACCCAUCAUCCUAGAGGAGGAGAUGUCCUCUCAUCUAUUUAUGCUCAUUUUGUUUUCAUUAACUAGUUCUUUUCCACCUCUUUUUUUAUGACUUUUGGUUGUUUUCCAUGGAGUUGCAGACAAUCGUAGUUGUGACACCAGAAUGUGACUUGACAUAAAUUCCUAUAUGUCCGGGUAUACGCCAUAAACACACAUAACUCAUGCCAAGUUGCUUGCUGGAAACACUUGGCAACAGAAAUGAUCCACACGCUGCUCUCAGUGUGAUUACAUAAUGUUAUGAUGUUAUAUCAGGAACAUGGGAAAGGGAUGUUUUUUGUGCGUAAGAGCUGUAUAUAUGUUUGCAGUUUGCAGGGUGGGGUCCAAACACAUCCUCCAGUGUCAGCAAUAUUAUUUUCUUUCUUUUUGUUUAUUUCAUUCUGUGCCCUUAGAAUAGGCCUCACUGCCUCACCGUCCAAUGCUUCUUGGACAGCUGUUGACGGAGAGUAGCUGAGCAUCAAUAAACAACUUUCUAAAAAUGGGUUCCUGAAAUAAACAGUCUCUGGUGGUUGGACACGAUAGUUCAUAUGGUUCUCUUUGAAAAAUAAAGUGCCAAUCUGUGUCGAAUGAUGCAGGUUUUUAAAUAUUUUUUUGUGUGUUAUAACAAACAGAUCACUUUGGCAUUGACAGUUAAGUAUGAAUAUCUUCCCCCACGUCACGGCCAAGUGUGGCUCAAGUCCAAGAGUCACUAACGGAAUCACUCGGCAGUUGAAUUCUAAUAUAAAACAUACUCUAGCACUGCCUCCAUUGCUGUGGAAUGGCAGGGUGUUUUUAGCCACGCUAGCAGAUAGCAUUGUCAGCCGAUCCACCACUUUGGUCCAGACUAAAAUAUCAACUAAAUGAUGGAUUGCUAUGAUAUUCAGUAGAUAUGCCCUAAUGACUUUGGUGAUCCAAAGACUUUUCCUCUCGUGCAACCUUAAGGUUGACAUUUUUGGUUUUGACUGAAAUACCUAUUGGAUGGAUUGCCAUGAAAUGUGUUUAGUGCUAACUAGUGCUACCUUGCUAACACACUAAAACUCAGCCGGUUAACGUAGUAUUGUGCAUGCUAAACAUUCGGGGGGUUAGCGUCGUCACUGUAAGUACGUUAGCAUGCUGGCGUUAGCAUUUAGCGCAAAGCAUUGCUGUUUCUGAGCACAGCCUCACAGAGUCGCUAGCGCAGCUGUAGAAUCUCAUGUCUUGCUCUCGUCGCAUGGUUCGACUCCGACUUGAUUCAACUGACUUUUGGUGCCAGGUCCUUUUUCUAUAAUUAGUUUUUUUCACUGCGAUUAGUACCCUCUCAGUGUGCGCGGGAUUCUAUGCUGGGAAGUCUCGUGUCUCGCAAAUACGAUUCUCUCUGACCAGUGGGACAGAGGUGGCACUAUAAAAAAGUACCAGACCAGGUGUUAUGAUCCACAAUUUUUGCUAAUGGAAAACCAAUAAACAGGAAGUCAAGUCGUGCCGUACCAGGCGGUGGAAGUGUGGCUUUAGUCUAGUUCAGGGGUGAUAUGUUGAUUUAUUUUUCUGUAAAGUUAUACUGCUUUUGUUCCUAACUCUACAGGAAGUGUUAUGGCUUCUAACGUUGCUUAUUUAUUAUGCUAAUGAUCUACAAGUUUAAGUUCAUUCUACUCUUUCAACACGCCGUUUGUACCACUGAGAAUACUAUAGUAAAAUUUCGCAAUCCCACUAGUUCUGUUUUCUUUUUGUGUUGUUGACUCUAGAAAUACAUAGAAAACUGGCAUUGUGACAGUGGUUUUAUGUGUAUUUGUCCAGCUUCCUUGUAAUUUCUCAUGAGCAACAAAGUUUAGAUUGGCCGUGACCAAUACUGAGGCCUUGAGCCACAGGCAUUCACUACAAACACACACCCAACACAGGAAGGAGCACUGACCGGUUAGGGUUAAAUAUAGAGGCGAUUCUCACACACACACAAAAAGAUGAAUUCUUAUGUAAACUCCGGACUCAGCGGGUGGCCGACUAGAUUGAAAACAAUGAUCGGACCACAAAUUGAAAAGGAUUUUUAAAGGAAUGCUUGUUGUUGUGUGUAGCGGGCGAGCAGAUGAAAGCUGAUCAAGGGAAAAGAGAAAGACAUAAACCAUUUCCUCUCUCGGAAAGUCUGGGGAAGAAAAAAAACAACAAAUCCCAGCACCGCCCUUAAAAGCAACACCUCGCGGCAAACUAUGCACGGGAUAUUUUCUUCUCUUACACUCAAAAAUGACUUGACGUUUGCCCCAGUUUUGAGUAAUGUCUUUUGGGCCUACAGAAAGGAUUUUUGUUGACCUCAUUGGCACAAACUGUGACGUCAGCGUCUCGCCGACUACUUUUCUCGCUCUUUCGCUCCUUCAACAGCCGCACCUUAUCAGUGUUUGGCGUAGCGCUGUCCCACACGAUCCUUCGUCGAGCCACGCGGCCCCCCCUUUUUUCUAGCCUCCUCCUCCCCUCAUUUCCACUCGCCCCGUCUCCCACUCAGUCCACCUCUUUAUCUCCAUGCGUGAUCCAAGUCCUUCCACUUCCCAAAUUCCCUGUUCCAGACACCUGGUAUCCCAGCAAUUACCGACACCAAGUGCCUUGCUUCGUGACGUUGACCGCGGCCUUUCAGCCUUUUAGCUAAGUGCAGAGGAAGCUUGAUUCUGGAUUCGCUCCGUGUUUCUGCAAAAGCAUCCCCCUCUCUCUUUCCUCAUCUCCAUCUUUCUUCCAAAACGACCCUCCCCCACUUUACUCAUUCCAAUCCCAAGUACCGGUUUCCUGUCUCUCUGUAUUUUUUCAUGUGGCCUCCAUGGCCCUCCCCAUUACCUUGGCUUCUACCACCUUGCUUCUUAUUCCAUCCCUGCCCCCUCUUCCAACGCUCUCCUCUUCAUCUCCCUCCCCUCACCCUGUAACAAUCCAAAAGAAAAGGGAGCAAAAGAAUUCCAGAAACAUUUAAACUCCCCAACCCCUCCCCUUUUUUCUGUCAUGAGCCGGAAAUUCUCGGGUUAUGAGCGAAAGGAAUGGACUGCAUUACUGCAUGUGUUGUUUGAGGGGGAUGGUGGGGGGGUCGUGACUUACAGUCAUAUUUCACAUGUGCUGUACCUGCACGUCGAUCCAACACAUAUGGAAGCGACUUGGGGAUCAAGGCAAUAGACAGAAGUAAUGCUCUGUGCAUUAGGGAGUCUGAAGCUGGGGAAUAUCGCGGGCUAACAAACAAAAAGUCUCAACGGGAAUGAACGUCCACGCACACACAUGGAGUAUGGAGUAUGUGGAGUGUAAACACAGCUGUUAGCAGUUAGCAUGCACAGAAAGCUUGGUAAGGACGCAAAGAUGUAUAUCAUCAAUCUCAGGCUGGUUUUGCCUUUAAAAAAGAAAAAGAAAAGUUGCUUUAUUAGUGUUUUCAAGCUAAUUUCAAACAUCUAUCACUGCAUUAUUAGAUGUUUGUAGGUUUCCGACGACACUCACAAGCUACAGAGAAGGCAUGUUUAAACUGUCAAGACCAUACCUCACCUGGUGCUUUCUCUUAUUCCACCACUUGGUGCUGCUACUAGCACACUAGUCACUACCCAGCAGUGUCCAAGCAUGUUGAUCAAGGCACAUCUGUGUGUGUGUGUGUGUGUGUGUGUGUGUGUGUGUGUGUGUGUGUGUGUUGGGGGGCAUGAUGUGAGAGAACAGGGGUGCUGACAGCAUCCAAGAUGAGGGAGGGACCUUUGAACAAGGACUCCCAACCAUCAGUUAGCAGGGUUUUACGGGGUCAGAUUGUAGAGUAGAUCAGGUCGAGGUCAUUUGAAAAAAAAAAAAAAGAUUUAUUAAGAGAGCCACUGAGCUACAGUGUCUUGACUAAGACACCUUUCGUUCGGACUGCAUUACGUUCAUGCACUAUUCGUUGACAUCAACAUGUCUGUUACACAUGUAAUAAUGGUGGUGUUAUACUGUAGGAGGAGAGGAGGAGGCCCCGGAGCCACCUCGUGCACACAAGGCCCGUAAUUUAAAAAACGCCUCAAUAUUUGUGUGUGUGUGUGUGUGAGCUGGAUACAUGUUUGUUUACAUGCUAAGGCCUAUUUUAUGACCGAGUCACACCCAGAUCCACUACCACAGUUUUGACCUUGUUAUGAAGGAAAAGGGGUUGAUUCUGUGGUUAACAGUUAUUUAUAUUUGUAUGUUUUGAACUUCUUAUGACCAUAAUAUUGCUCGGCCAUAUCAUUCAUGUAUUACUACCACUUUGGCACUUCAUCACUUGUUGCUGUCUCUCUGUAACUUUGUGUGGUAUCGCUGUUGCACAGUUCUCUCUUGAGAAUACAACACCUGGCGUUUUAAUGUGAUCACCUGUAUAAAUAAAGUUUCAAUAAAAAAAAAAUACUGUAAAGGUAUGUGAUAUGAUGUGAAAAAAUUAAAAGAUACUAUGAAGGGGGAUGAUCCGGUAAUAACUUAAAUCACACCAGAGGUUUUAUUUUCCAGGGAAUAUCAGUGUUUAAUUCAGCCAAUCCAGAUCCAGUAUCCUUACGCUCCCCUCCAGAGAGUGGUCAAUCAGGUGGGAGGGGGCUUGAAAUCCCAGUAAUUGUCCUCCACACAUGCUUUUUCAGACGCGUGUAGCUCCGCCCAACAGCCCCUGUACGGAGGGGCUGGACCGGAGCAAAAGAAAACAAGUUAUCGCAGUGGCAGGCCAUGUUAUUGAGGGUCUCCUCUGAGAAUGAGGGGCAGCUCUUGAAAACCAGAGGAUAUGAUUAGCGGGAAAACGAACAAGGGGGGGAAGGGAGAGCCCCAUGUCUUCAAGGAAAAGACCUUCAAGAAGAAACGGCAGUGCAGCGUGUGCCGCCAGAACGUCGACAACGUCGGCUCCUUCUGCAGAGUAUGCAAGACAGCCACCCACAGGAAGUGUGAGGCCAAGGUGACCUCCACAUGCAUCCCGGUCCCUGCCAAUGAUCUGCAGCGUAGAGGGACCGCUCCGUCCCGACACAUCCAGCACCUGGGAUCCACCAAGUCGCUGACCUAUACCAAACAGAGAAACACCCUGCCGAGGAGCUUCAGCGUGGACCGCGUGAUGGAGAGGGUGAUGGAGCGCCACUACGACUUCGACCUGACCUACAUCACCGAGAGGAUCAUCUCCGUGUUCUUCCCCCCGAAGCUGGAGGAGCAGAGGUACCGCCUCAACCUGAAGGAGGUGGCUGCCAUGCUCAAGUCCAAACACCAGGACAAGUUUCUGCUCCUGAACCUCUCCGAGAGGCGCCACGACAUCAACCGGCUGAAUACUAAGGUCCAUGACUUUGGCUGGCCCGACCUCCACGCCCCACCGCUGGAUAAGAUCUGUGCCAUAUGCAAGGCCAUGGAGACGUGGCUGACCUCCGACCCCCAGCACGUGGUGGUCCUGCACUGCAAGGGCCACAAAGGUAAAACGGGCGUGAUUAUUGCAGCCUACAUGCACUACAGCAAGAUCUCCGCGGGGGCGGACCAGGCUCUCAGUACUCUGGCCAUGAGGAAGUUCUGUGAAGAUAAGGUGUCCUCUUCCCUCCAGCCGUCCCAAAACAGGUACAUCUAUUACUUUGGGGGCCUUCUGUCCGGGGCGAUCAAGAUGAACAGCAGCCCUCUCUUCCUCCACCAAGUUCUCAUCCCAUCACUCCCCAACUUCCAGGGCGAAGGAGGUUACUACCCCUUCUUGAAGAUCUACCAGUCCAUGCAGCUGGUCUACACUUCAGGCAUAUAUGACCUUCAGGGCACCGGGGGCCGGCGGCUGUGUGUGACCAUCGAACCGGCGCUGCUGCUGAAGGGUGACAUCAUGGUCAAAUGCUACCACAGGCGAGCCCAGAGCGCUGACAGAGACACCGUGUUCAGGUUGCAGUUUCACACCUGCACCAUCCACGGAUCCCAGCUCUGGUUUGGCAAAGGGGAGUUGGACGAAGCUUGUACUGAUGAGCGUUUUCCAUCUGAUGCCACAGUUGAGUUUGUCUUCUCCUCUGGACCUGAGAAAAUGAAAGGCCGCGAGUACCAGAAGAACGACCCGGCUGUCACAGUCGACUACAACACAGCUGACCCUGUGGUCCGCUGGGAUUCCUAUGAGAACUUUAACCAGCGAUACCAGGACAGCCUGGAGGCAGAUAUUGCCCACACCAGAGGUCCAGUAGAUGGCAGUCUCUACGCUCAGAUAAAGAAGCGCCGAGGUCCCGGCUCUGGUUCCCUCACCUCAACCAAUGGCAGCAGCCCAGUGGCGGGCCCUGAGGAAGACAGGCCAGAUCAUGUUACCGCUCGCGGUUCUGACUCCGCCCUCUCAGGCCACUCCGUCCAUUUGAACCAAUCAUCCGUCCAUCCAGAGCGCAAGGAGGAUCCCAUCCGCCUGCUGCCCCCGACCAGGCACGAGAGAGAGGAGCUGGAGCGUCUUCUCGGAGGCAUAGAGGGAAACCGGGAUGGAGAGCGAGAGACGGCCAUCUUGGACGACGGCGAUUCUUUGCCCUCCGAGAGAAGUGGAACGCUGAGGCUCAGUCGGUCCUGCUCCUGCCGGAAUGGGUACCGGUCCCAGCGUUGCGCCGAGCCUGGCUGCGACCGCACCCUCCUCAUGCCCAAUGGUUACUGCCUCGACCGGGCCCCCGGCACCAAUGGGCACCACGGGGCGACCCCUUCUGCCAGCCCCAACCCAGCUUCUCCUCCGUCACACAUGGAUCUGUGCCAGCACUACAGCCCCCACUCCCACCAGAACCUUCCGCCUCCAGAUCUGGUGUGGGACCGCCAGAGUGGCCCUCCGCACUACCUGCACCGCUCUUGCUCGGAGGCUCCCUCAUCUCGACUUAUGUACCCCUACCCAUCGCCAGACCCUCACUCUCACAACCACCCGCUUCACCACCCCCUGUCUGCCCCGGGUCGCCUUUGCUGUCGAGAGGACGACUAUGGCCCCUAUCACCACCCUCCUCCACCGCACAGCCACCACCAUCCCCACCCACACCACCCCAAACCCUCCACCAGCCCUACCUACCACGAUAUAAUGCUAAUGGAUGGCCUGCCCUCCCCUGGCUGCCCUUGCAGAGACUGCAGCAUCAGGAGAGACGACUCGGCGGCCUAUCACAGCCUGAGGCUGGACCAAGGUGACGGCUUCCACUGGGACAGAGAGGCGGAGCUUCAGCAGAGGGAGGUGGGGCUUAGGAGAGCCAGGGAGGCGGAGUUACCCAGAGGGUCAGAGCUCCACUGGGAGAGGGAUCCUGGGCUGAGACGAGGCCGAGAGAUGUCCCUCCACUGGGAGAGAGACAGGGAGGCAGAGCUGCAGUGGGAGCGGGACAGAGAGGCGGAGUAUUGGCACAGGAGGGCCACCGUGGCCUCCUACGGCCCACAGGGCCACGAUCUUCCAGCCUUCACGUUUGACCCCUUGCCAUCGGGUCACCCAGCUUAUCCAGAGGCGUCGAGGUCCCAUGCUCAUUCCCACAUGGACCUGAAGUACAGCAGCAGCAGCAGCGGUUACCAAACGCCGCGCCAGGUGUGCCCCUGCUCACCGUACCAGCCCUCGCCGUCUGAAAGCAGGGGCUACGCCUCGGGCUACCAGUCUGAGUCCACGUCCCCGCUGCCCCCGGCUUCCUCCAUGACGGGGCCCUGCAGCCAUAGCAAUGGGCCGGCAGACCACAACCAUCACCAUCCAGACUCACAGCAGUCAUACGGCUCUGACUCACACACUGAUGGCCUCCGGAGCUCCGGUGAAAGUGUGGGCUGGAGGGAUCACAUUACCCACGGUUCCUUUAAGAGGGUCCACAGAGACGGCCACGCCGCAUGCUCCACACCAUCCGACAUGUCUGGACCGCCCACCCCUGUCCACACCAGCAGCCCCCUACGCACACAGGAAAGAAUUGUGGGAGAACGCUGCAGUUGGCAGCCGCUAAACGGGCUGCAAUGUAAUCAUACCAGGCAACUCCUUACGUCAAGUCCCAGUCCAGGAGGGAGGGAGUAUGAGAUCCGGACCACAGACAUCAUCGGCAGUGACUACGAGACUUCCGGGCCCCAGGACGGACACUAUCGCGCCGAUCUCAUCGCCAGGGAAUCCCCGGAAAGCCAAAGAAGCAGCACGGAGCCGCCGUCGGCCAGACAUACGCAACCACACACAACCACACCUGAGCAAACGGAGCCCCACAACCACUGCACUGCACCAACAGACCCGUCCCCGACCGCGCCCCGACAGCAGCACUGUUGCCCAAAUACACCUCCAGCUUCGGUGACGCAGAACCCAUCUCCUUUUGAUUCUGCAGCGCCGACCACAUCAAACCAGCGGCUCUGUCUGGCUUCCUCAUCCCCGAUCCGUGCUUCGUCGGCACCAGACGCACACUCCCAGUCUGGCCCUCUCGCUCUCCUGACCCCCCAUCCCUCCGAGGCUGCCGCUCUGCCUUCCACUGUGGCUCAGGCGGUGGCCCAGCCUCAGAGCCAGACCCAAACCCAGGUCCCCGGAUCUUCUCCCACCAGGGAGCCACACCCAGAAGCCGCAAAACCCGCGAUAACCCACACUGCCACGUCUGCCCCCACGUCUCCCGCCCCAGCUUCAUCUUUAUCCGCCCAGCCGGCCUCCAGCAGUAUGGAGGGCUCCCCGGUCUCUGAUGCCCCAGUUCCUGGCUUUGCCACUUUGGGUAGGAGGCUAUUGUUGAGUGGGCCUGACCCCCACCACCCCAACCACAUCCAGCAGCACGGACCCCCGCACCACCACUACCCAGGCACGGAGCACAGCGCUGCCGGGCACACAUCCGCUCCGGACACCAACAAGAGGCCCUGCUACUCCGCUCACGCUCCUCAGCUCUACCCGUCCUCCUACUCCAAUUACUCCACCAUCUCCAUCCCCCUUCCUCACCCCCAGCCACCGCUGCCAGAGAAGCGCCACCCGCCCGUUCAGUCGGGCUCACCCAAUGACGGGGCGCCAACUCUGACGCCAGCCGCGGGCCACGCCCCUCCCUCCUCCGCCGCCGCCCAGCAUCAGCUCCAUGUCACGUUCUCUCCCACCGUGGGGGAAAUUGUGCCCCCCGCAGGCAAAACCGACGGAGUGGCGUCUGUGGAGAGUGAGAACGCGAACAGGGUCAGUGUGAAGUUUGUCCAGGACAGUUCAAGGUUCUGGUACAAGCCUGGAAUCUCCAGAGAGCAAGCAAUCGCUGCUCUGAAGGAGAGAGAGCCGGGAACCUUCCUGAUCAGGGACAGCAACUCUUUCCAGGGGGCCUACGGCCUGGCCCUGAAGGUGGCUACCCCUCCCCCCAAUGCCAACAACCACAGCAGCAAGGUGAGUGACCCUCUGGAACAGCUGGUCAGACACUUCCUGAUAGAAACCGGCCCUCGAGGAGUCAAGAUUAAAGGGUGCCAGAAUGAGCCCUACUUCGGGAGUCUGUCUCCAUUAGUCUACCAGCACUCCAUCACGCCCAUCUCUUUGCCCUGCGCCCUUAGGAUCACGGAGAAAGAUCUGAUAGGAGGGGUGCCGGAGGUUCAACCGGUGAAUAACAUCAGCACGGCCGCUGACCUGCUGAAACAAGGAGCAGCCUGUAACGUCCUCUACCUGAACUCGGUGGAAACGGAGUCCCUAACCGGCCCCCAGGCCAUCGCCAAGGCGACAGACGCUUCCUUGGGUUGUAACCCUCGUCCCGCCGCCACUGUGGUCCAGUUCAAGGUGACGUCGCAGGGCAUCACGCUGACCGACAGCCAGCGCAGGGUUUUCUUCAGGAGACAUUACCCAGUGAGCAGCGUAACCUUUAGCAGCAUCGACCCUAAGGACAGGAGGUGGACUAACUCAGACUACACCGCCGUUAAAGUGUUCGGUUUCGUGGCCAAGAAGCCGGGCAGCUUGGCCGAGAACGUCUGCCACCUGUUUGCCGAGUUGGACCCCGAACAGCCGGCCUCCGCCAUCGUCAACUUCAUCAACAAGGUCAUGUUGUCACAGCGCCGGUAGAGGGAGACGGAGAGGAGAGCCAGCUCAGAGCAGACAAGCGGAGGCAGAAGUGACUGCUUAUGUUGUGCAGAAGUGGCCUAGUGCCAGUGCUUGUUCGGGCCGUGACGCUAACGCAGUCUUUGUCAACCAGUUGGCAUGAAGACCAUUUUGAAGGCUGAAAAUCCUAGUCCAUGAUCCCUACUGAUGCUUUUUCAUUUGUUCAGUUUUCCACUCUGCUCCUGAAAUGUCCACCUUUCCCUGAAAGGUUGGUUGAUGUUAUAACACUCCAUGUCAUUUGUUUCUAAUAUGUUCAGUGUUACAACUCCUCCAAGGACAGGGAGGCUUCAGAAGAAACUUUCCAAGAACACAAACAACCAUCUACCAGGGGCUUGUGCCAUGAAGAGGAAAUGAGUGGGUUAUCCAGCCGUCUUUGGGCAUAACUCUGGAUUUACUGGUGUCAU